CUGAAGUGUGGAGAGAGAUAGAGAGAAAGAGAGAAAAGAGAAAGAGAGAGAGACCGCCAAAUAAUGACAGACGUUUCAUUGUUACAGUCUGCAUGUGGAGAGAGAUAGAGAGAGAGAGAGAGAGAGAGAGAGAGAGAGAGAGCACCAAACAGUGACAGUGAAAAGUUUCAUCAUUACAGUCUGCAGUGUGGAGAGAGAUAAAGAGAUAGAAUUAUAUAUAUAUAUAUAUAUAGAGAGAGAGAGAGAUAAAGAGAUAGAUAGAUAGAGAGAGAGAGAGAGAGAGAGAGAGAGAGAGAGAGAGAGAGAGAGAGAGAGAGACCACCAAACAGUGACAGUGAAAAGUUUCAUCAUUACAGUCUGCAGUGUGGAGAGAGAGAGAGUGAGAGUGAGAGUGAGACCACCAAACAAUGACAGAAGUUUCAUUGUUAGUCUGCAUGUGGAGAGAGAUAAAGAGAUAGAAUUAUAUAUAUAGAGAGAGAGAUGAAGAGAUAAAGAGAAGAGAGAGAGAGAGAGCACCAAACAGUGACAGUGAAAAGUUUCAUCAUUACAGUCUGCAGUGUGGAGAGAGAGAGAGAAGUAAAGGAGUACAGCAGAAAGAGUAGUAGAAGAAGAGUUUUUAUUUAAGCUAAUCUGAGAUCUGUAAACACAGCAGUGUGUGUACAAGGACAGCCCGGACUUCUUAAGAAGAGAAGAUGCUCGUGUGUGUGUGUGUGUGUGCUUAUGUGUGUGUGUGCACUAGUGUGUGAACACGUGGGUGUGUGAGGAAGGAAGAAGAAGAAGAAGCGAGCGUGGGAAUCAGGUGGUGCAGAGGGACAGCGAGGAUCACUUCUGAAUAAUCUACACAUAUAUACACACACGCACACACACACACACACUCUCAAAGACACACACACACGCGCUGUGUGGUGCAGACGGAUGCAGCUGGUAGCUGGUGAGAGCUGGUGAGGGCUGGUGCUGAGGACAGUAAGGUGAGAGUCUGAGAUGGACGAGGAGCCGAAGCCGAGCGAGAUGGAUCCUGUUCAGAAGGCGGUGAUCAACCACACUUUUGGCGUCCCUUUGGUGAAGACCAAGCGGCCCAUCAUCUCCUGUAACGUCUGUCAGAUUCGAUUCAACUCAGAGAGUCAGGCAGAGGCCCACUAUAAAGGGAACCGCCAUGCCAGAAGAGUCAAAGGCAUCGAGACCUCCAAGACUCGUCCACAGGACAGCGACAAGCCUCCUCCUGGUCCCACCUCCUCUCCAUCACCCCCAGGAGCCCUGCCGGUCACCACCGACACUGACUCCAGCAAAUCAGAUGAGACGCAGCCUGGACCUCAGUUGAACCGGCCUGUGCCAGCCCAGGGCCCUCUGCCCGCCUCCACUUCCCCCACCCCGGACUCCCCCGGCCCCUCCGCCGGUGCCCUCAUGCCAAGCCCUUCCACUCCCAUCCCCCCACCAGCCAGCAGCACCUCCCCCGGCUGUGCCCCCACCAACCCGGAGCAGACCAGCCCCGGAACCCCUGCAACCGCCACGGCCGCCACCGGCAACCCCGAGACAGAGGAGGACAAGGCCAAGAAGCUGCUGUACUGCUCACUGUGCAAAGUGGCCGUCAACUCCCUCUCCCAGCUGGAGGCUCACAACAAAGGCACCAAACACAAAACCAUUCUGGAGGCCAGGAGCGGGCUGGGCCCCAUCAAGGCGUACCCUCGUCUGGGCCCCAAGCCCAGCGGGGAGCAGGGAGGUGGGGCGACGGAUCCCAACACUCAGGAACGCACCUUCCACUGUGAGAUCUGCAACGUGCGGGUCAAUUCGGAACUGCAGCUCAAACAGCACAUAUCAAGUCGAAGGCACCGGGACGGAGUGGCAGGGAAGCCCAACCCACUCCUUAGCCGACACAAAAAGCACAGGGGGGCAGACCUCACGGAACUCACCAAAGCGCUAGGCGCCGGCCUCCUGCCCAGUCCUCUGGCCGUCGCUGCAGCGAUGGCAGCCGCCGCUUCCUCCAAUCCACUGGCUCUCCGCGCCGCAGCUCCCGCCCCUCACCCACAUCAUCAUCAUCAUCAUCAUCUCCUGCAGGCCCCGCCCCUCAGCCAUGCCAUCCUGAGACCGGCCCCCGGGCCCAUCCGCACCUCACACGGGCCAAUCCUGUUCUCCCCCUACUGACACGCCCCUUCCCUCGACCUUCAGCCAGUCAGGAGCAACACCUCCAAAAGCACACUGUGAAGAAAUUAAGAAAAACGUGAUAAUAAUAACAAUAGAAACCCACAGAGUUAACUCAUCCACCUUCUACUACUCAACUAAUCAAUUCUGAAACAAAAGAACAUGCUAGAGUGAGAGGAAAAUAGGGAGAAAUAGAAGGAGGAAGAAAGAAGGAGCAACAGGAGUUCUGUCCCUCCUCUAUCCCUUUGCCCCGCCCCUCCACUUUUUUUUUUUUUUUGGCGGGAACUGACUGACUGACUGAGUGACCGGCCUGUGAAUUAGCAAAUGUAAAAUGGAGAGAUAUGAUCAGUGGUAAAACCUUAAUCGUACUUUCUUCAGCUCCGCUGUGCAUCAGCAUCUACCCUUCUUAUUCUCUCAUUCUUUUCACACGUACACUGUGAGACAGAAGCAGUCACAUUAGAAAAAUAAAGAACCGGGCACACUGCGGGCGAGUUCUGGAGAUUUAGUGCUGUAAAGACUAGCGAAUAAAGCGAAUAAAGACUUCUGCUAACUCUCUGUAUGUACUGUGGGUGUGGGUACAUCACAGUACACGUAGGAUUCCCUAUCUUUCAUUCCGGUUCAGUGUGUCCUUAGCCCUAUGCUCCUUGGAGGAAGUCAAAUAAAACACAGAACAAAACAAAAAGAAAACCUAAAACCUAAACGAAAGAAACCCUAUUCUGUUAGUUAGAAUCGCUGCUUUGAGUGGUAGGUUUCUGUAGGUUUCUGCUUUAAUCAGCUCAUGACCUCUAAAAAAAAAAAACCUCUGGCCUGGGUAGUGUUAGCAUGUUAUCAUCUUAGCAUCGUAGCAUCUGUCCAGUGUGGAGAUUUGCUUUGGCACUGUGCAUUUACAUCAAUCCCUGGACCAUGGUUGGAUGCAGGGGAAGGAAAAGGCUGGAGAGGAGUUUCAGUGUAUCUGGCAUCCCAGUUUAAGCCUAGUGCUGAAUAAAAUUGCUGUAUAGUGGAAUCUAAUUAUCUACUCAUUUGAGAAGAAUUAUUUGAUUGAAAACUGAUGAACAUUUUUAAAGAUCUAUCACAGAUCAUCCCACUCAGUCCAUCUCUUUUCCAAAGCAAAGUGGAAGGAAGACAAUAUCCUCCAGAGAAGAUCCUCCACGUCUACAUAUCUGUCCCAGUGCUGGAUGAUGCUAAAGCUAGAUUGUGGAAAUCUACUGAUUUGAUAAAUGGUUACCAUAUCAGAUGGACGUUUAACAAAAAAACCCAUUGAAACAUCAUCCCACUCAGUCCUUCUCUCUCCCAAAGCAGAAGGGAAAGAAGAUAAGAUCCUCCAGAGAAGAUCCUCCACUUCUCUUUAUCUCCACAUCUCUGCUGCUCAUCAAUCUGUGCUCUGAUGUGAGCUGAUAGGCUGGUUGGUUGGCUGGCUAAAAUCAAGUCCUGCACUUCUACCCUUCUAGUUUCCAAAGGAAGACCAGUAGAUAUCUAUUUAUUCUAUCGUGUAGUGUAGUGUAGUCCAGAACUUCUCAGCUGGUUGAUAUCAGUAGUAUCACAUAACUGAGAUAUGUUACCUGUUACCUAUAAGAUGGAGUAGCUGUUAGUAGACUCACAGUGGCGUCUGAGGAACCGUCGGAUGGAGUGGCUGCUGGGAGAUCAGACAGCACAAGCACAUGUUUGGACUCUCUCAAGCUCCUCUGGCCAUUCACUCUAUAUUUCUCUCUCUAAUUCUCUCUCUUUCUCUAAUUCUCUCUCUUUUUCUCUCAUUUUAUGAGUGUAAAAAAUGAUUAUGCAACCUCAACGAACAACAACAACAACAAAAAAAAGACCAGCAAUAUGAACCCAGCUCUUUCUCUUAUUCCAUCAUCUGCACCACCUGUCCUGAAGCUUAGCCAGGCUCCACCUGCAGCUCCACCAACUGUGUGUAACGGCGACCUUCUGGCAACCUUCUUCUGAGAACCUGAGGGAUGGAAAAUAAAAGAGACAACAACAACCAGGAGAACAUAAUAAUAAUAAUGAGAAUAAUAAUAAUAAAAAUGGUACUAAGCAGGACGUCAUAUGGGAGAAGGAGAAGGAAGAGGAAGAGGAAGAGGGGGUGGGGAGUGAGAGAAGAUAACCAGAUAAGCAGAGAAUCAUAUAGCUGAAGGUCAGAAGAUCACAAAA